AUGUUCGCACGAGUAGACGUCGACAACUCACUAGGAGUGGCCGAUUGGGCCGAUUUGAAUUCAUGUCGUCUUUGCGAUGUAUGCGAGAGGAUUAUCCUAGCUGUCGUAGACGGAUGUCUGCCAACAGCAUUUCGAGGAGCUCGAGAUGAAACUGAACGCACGAGGAUACUUAACGAAUUGGAAGCUGGGCCAUGGUGGAAUCCUGGAAAAGAUGAUGGCCAAGUACUAAUAUUACGCAUCAUGGAUCAAGAACUGGUCAUCGAGCUAUUCAGAGAUGCGGAAGAACAACCCGAAUUUAGUGUUCAAGGCGUCAAGUUUGAUAAAAUGACUCUAUAUGAACCGGGAACCAACUCAGAUAGGGCAUUCAAAACGGCUAAAGGAUGGCUUCGUGAAUGUCUUGAGCAACACCGUUGCGGAGGACUAGGUUCCACUCCAUAUCCUAAGAGAUUGCUAGAUCUUCGCGAAGGGAUCGCACGGGAUGACCUUCCAAAGACGUUUCAAGAUGCCGUAGCCAUUUGUCAACGUAUGUCAAUAAACUAUCUAUGGAUUGAUUCAUUGUGCAUUCUACAAGAAUUUGGUGGCAUGUCAGACGAAGAGACACAGAAAACAAAGGCGGAUUUCGUAGAAGGGAACUCAGCCAUGGCAACCAUUUACAGGAAUUCACAUUUCACGAUCUUUGCGAGCAUAUCUACUAGUAUGUCUAGUGGGAUAUUCUCUACAGAAAAGAAUAUAACCCACCGGAUAAAUGUCAUCGACGAUAACGGAAAUAAAGCCAUUUUAUGUAUCAGGAAGCCAAAUACGCAUUCUAAUCCACCAACGGAUAUGGAGAGGAGGGGUUGGACAUAUCAGGAAUACCUACUGCCUCCGAGGGUCUUGGAUUUUAGGUCUUUUGAUAUCUCAUGGAGAUGUAAGGAAAGACAUACUUGCGAGUGUGGAAGCAUCCCCGCUAAAUUGGAUUGGCAUGCACGACUCGCUGAGCAAGGACGGACACCACAUAGUGCAACGGAAGCUGAGAAGUGGUGGCCGGAGGUAGUUAAGCAUUACACUGCGCGAAGCCUAACACACGAACAAGAUAAAUUACCAGCUCUUUCUGGAUUGGCACAGAUCUACCAUGAGGCGACGGGUGAUACUUAUCUAGCAGGCCUUUGGAAAGCUUCUCUCCCCGGUAGUCUUUUAUGGCCUCGGGCGUUCCGUGCCCCUUCUUGGUCUUGGGCUUCUCUCGACAGCUUAGGCAACGCCGAAAGUAGCUCCUUUCAGCCAGGAGUAGCGUUCGUUUCUAUGUGGCCACCCCUUGUGCGGCGAACGGUUUGUACGAUACAUAAUGUUGACUGCCAAUUGAAAACGGAUGAUGUAUUUGGGGAGGUUCUCGACGGGUCUAUCACACUCGGGGCAAUCUGCAUUGCCGCGAAAAUUGGCAGGAAACCCCAAGGAGGCGACGCCUGGACGUUGAGCUAUGUUGAAGACGGCACGGAUGUGCUGGCUUGCCUGCCUGAUUGCAAGCUAGAAGAUGACGGCUUGAGUUUAGGCGAUACAGUCUAUUGCGUGCCGAUACUUGAAAAAUUGUCCGGAUGGGAUUCGCACAGGAACUGUUUAGUGUUGAAGCAAUUGCCAGGAGGGCAGUACCAGCGAGUAGGCUUCUGCAUCCUAAGGAAACGGAAUCGUACCCCGACACGAUAUCGGUCCCGCAUGCGUUUUUGGCUAGGCCCGAUAGCUAAGGAAAGGAUAGAAAAUAUUCAGAAUUUUGCUCUGCAAUACAAUCCAGAUGCAGAAACUCGUAUCACAAUUAUAUAA